AUGCAGGACAACGGCCUCAGUACCAAGUUCGACAGCAAAAUCCCCGUCUUUCCUAUCGUGGGCUAUUUUAGUUACGUGGACCUCAAUGGUGAGAAACAGACGGUCGAUUACGUUAUAGACGAGUCCGGCUACUGCUGGCCUGGCACCCACCUGCCGAACAACGGUCUCAGCACCAAGUUCGACGGCAAAAUCCCCGUCUCUCCUAUUGUCGGCUCCUUUAGUUACGUGGACCUCAAUGGUGUGAGACAGACGGUCGAUUACGUUGUGGACGAGUCCGGCUACCGUGUGUCUGGCACCAACCUGCCGGCGGCUGCCGUCAACGACUACGCCCUGCCCUAUGGCGGCCUGGCCUACUCGGUGCAACCGGACGUCGCUACAUACUGGACCAACUUGGCCGCCCCCUAUACCAAUUACGCCUCUGCCAUCUACAAGGACAUCGCUGCCAACGCCCCGGCCGGUGUACGCCCCCAACACGACGGCCUCAGCACCAUGUUCGACGGCAAAGUCCCCGUCUUUCCUAUCGAGGGCUCGUUUAGUUACGUGGACCUCAAUGGUGUGAAACAGACGGUCGACUUCACUGUGGACAAGUCUGGCUUCCGUGUGUCUGGCACCAACCUGCCACUAUUUUGGACAGACUAG